UCGACCCUUGAUCACCUGAACCAGGGUCCGUGGGAAAAGGAACACAGUGAAGAGCAAAAGGUACAUGAGCUGUCCAUGUCCUCCUCUUCGGUACCGUUAUCAUCAUCUUCUGCCGCUGCCGCUGGUAAACAUUCUACUGCUGCCGCAACCAUGGUGGGAACUACAACAAGUGCUUCUGUUGCCGCAUCGGCUAAGCAAGCUGCAAAGAUGCACCGCCGCUCACGGACUGGGUGCUUCACAUGCCGAUUAAGAAGAAAGAAGUGCGACGAGGGAAAGCCAUCAUGCCGCGCCUGCAAACACCUCGGUCUCAAGUGCGAGUACAAGAGACCAAUGUGGUGGAGCAACACUCACCAACGGAAAGAACAAAAAGAAAUGAUCAAGAACAUCAUCAAGCGCACAAAGCUCCAGGAAAAGAACACACAGGGCAUGUCCAUGAGCGCCAACACGCCUCCCGGUCUCUGCCACCCUACUUCAGACACAUACUCGGAUUCAUUCGGCUGCACGCGCGCACCGUCAGUCGACUCGCAACUCUCCUUGGAAAACUACACUUUCAACCCUGUUCCGACGCCAGACAUUUUCGACCCGUCUUCGAUGCCACCGCCCAUGUUCAAUCCCUCUUUCCAGCACCCUGGGCAAUACACUCCCUACGAAGUGGAUAUCAAGACCGAAAGUCAGAUGUACAUAAACGAUGUCCCUACCCGCCGUGAUUCCACGAUAUCUACUUUUAGCACGUACCAGGCGCCGCCAGUCACUGGCCAGCCAUUUCCCACCGAGAACUGGAUCCAACAAGACUACUACGAGAGCCGUAGGGAGUCAUACGCGGAAGAGCCGCUGGACUUCCAAGUCUUCGACUUUCCCCAUGGUUCCUUCAGCCCAUCGCAUCAAUCUACUAUCCAGGUGGACGAAUGCGAUCAGCACCUCCUCAACCACUUCAUCGAGAACGUCGUUCGAUUGAUCUUCCCCAUCCUGGAAGUCAACCAACACGGUUCGGCACGCUCUGAUGUCAUUCUCCCUGCGCUGGAGUCCAACAAGACCUACCUUCACUGCUGCUUGAGUAUUGCCGCCAUUCACCUCAAGGCGACUGAAAGGAUACAGGGCGAGCAGAUCGACCAGGACAUUCUGCGCCACAGAUUUGCCACCAUCUCGGAGCUUUGCGAAGCACUGAACCGCGACACCGACCACGCACACAUUCUCGAAGCCACCCUGGGCAUGAUCUUCUUCCAAUGCUCUGUCGGCCGCCCCGACGACUGCCUUCCCGAUAUUCCAUGGCACCAGCACUUCCAAGCUGCCACCAGCCUUGUUCACAAACUCGAAUACCCGGCGCACCUCGUUGCAUUGAACGGGCAACCAGGCUCACAACCACCAUUCAAUAUGACGCUUGCGUCGUGGAUCGAUAUCCUGGGCGCCACCAUGCUCGGCCGCACACCUGCAUUCGCAGACACAUACCGCGAGAAGCUCAUCGGCGAUGCACCAUCCGGUCUCGCUGAACUCAUGGGCUGCGAGGACAGGAUCAUGUACCUCAUCUCCGAGAUUGCAUGCCUGGAGGCGCUGAAGCUCGACAACAUGGAUGAAGUUCAGCUUUGCGCACACAUCCGCGUGCUCGGCGAGCAAAUCAGCAUGACGGAGCCACCACCGGGUAGCGUCGCCAAUGCCUACUCGUCGACUGGCGCGAUCCGACCCAAGCAGCUCAGCAGAAACAUGUCGGCCGUCUUCCGCCUGGCAGCUCGCAUCCACCUCUGCAGUCUCGUGCCAGACUUCGACCGCACGCAAGCCAGCAUCGCCAACCUCGUCAAGGCCCUAAGCGAUGCCAUGGACUUCAUCCCCGCCGGUCCCGAGGGCUUCGACCGUUCUCUCGUCUGGCCUCUCCUCAUCGCUGGGUCCGUCUCGCUGCCCGACUCGCCGUUCCGCAAGAUGUUCACAGACCGCGCGAACCGCAUGGGCGAGGCGUCCGACUUUGGCUCCUUUGGCAGAAUCAAGGAGCUCCUCAAGGAUGUGUGGCGCAUCAACGACGAUGCGCUCGCUACGGGCGACAAACAGAGUGUCCACUGGCGGGACACGAUGCGUCAGAAGAACUGGGAUUUCCUAUUGAUCUAG